AUGUUUUAUUAUGGCUAACUAGUGAUUGGGCCUGCAGGAAGUGGGAAAACAUCAUAUUGUAAAAGUUUACAGGAAGGAUCUUAUAAGAGGAACAUUCAAGUUGUUAAUUUAGACCCUGCUGCCGAUUACAUUCCGUAUAAAUGUGCAAUCGACAUUCGAGAAUUAAUAUGUUUAAAUGAUGUAAUGGAAGAAUUUGAAUAUGGCCCAAAUGGCGGUUUAGUCUAUUGUAUGGAAUAUUUAUUGUAAAAUUGGGAUUGGAUGUAAGAUCAAUUAAACAACAUUGCUUAAGAUGACUAUGUUUUAUUUGACUGCCCAGGAUAAAUAGAACUAUAUUCUCAUAUUGAUAUGAUGAGAAAGCUAACAUAAUUAUUAGGUAAUUCUGGAUUUUCAAUCUGUUCUGUUUAUUUGGUUGACAUAAACUUUAUUGAAGAUGAUGCUAAAUUUUUAUCUGGACUUUUAAUGGCUUUAUCAGCCUCCAUGACUUUGGAAUUGCCUGCGUUUACAGUGCUUUCUAAAUGUGAUCUAAUUAAAGACAAAAAAAAGUUAAAGAGAUAUACAAAACUUCAUAAAUUUAACUAAGAUAGUGAGUAUGUAAAUUUGGAUGAAUUUUCUAAGACCUAUAAGUCUUUUACUUCAGGCAUUAGUGAAUUGGUUACUAGUUUUGGAGUUGGAAGGCUUUUGUGUCUAGAUAUUACUGAUGAUGAAAGUAUCGACAAUAUCUUAGGAGAAAUUGAUUAUGCAAUAUAAUUUGGAGAUAAUUUAGAACCUGAUGAUAAAUUAUAUGAUUAAGCUGAAUAAUAAUUAUGAAG